ACGUACCCAGCGAAUAGGUAAAUUAAGUAAUGUUGCUGCGAUCUGCCUAGAAGACCACUAGAUGGCACUAUAGAACGUCGCAAAUAUACACAGACCAAGGGAUAAAGAGGAAGACGCCAUUUUUUUCAUAACAAUGAUGAGUUUAGUAGCGAAACGGAGAGUACCGAGAAAGCGAGAGAGAAGGGAGGAGAGAAAGGAAGGGAAGGAGGAGGAGAAUGAGUAGACUAGGUUUAUAGAAUCAGCGUCCCCUAUGAACACAACGAAUGACAGUCCGGCUUGCAUCACAGGUACGAAAGCCUCCGAUUGGUUGAAGCACAGUUCUGAAGGAGAAGACAGAGGAAGGACUUCAAGGGCCUGAGCAUGCGCUAUUGUGUCUCCAGUCAAGCCCGUACAUAUGUAAGACAAAAUCCUUCUGUAGCUAUAGACAUUGCUGUCUGACAUCCACUGUCGUGGUAGACUACAAGAAUAGGUAUUUUCUACUAAGAACUGGACCUACACACAUCUAGAGCUCCUUUCGGUUUCAUUUUAAGGUUAUUUUCGGGUUUAGCUUUGGCUGUAGCCUAUCCAACCCUAACCUCACCGACACGGGGACUCUAACCCCGGGAAUCGAGUCCUGUCGGUUCUCCUUCCCCAGGGCAGUAGAUGACACAGUCCUGGACCAUGUAAGGGAGCUGAAGGAUAAAUCUGCAGUGUUUCUACCAGAGCGAGAGACGGGAGGAGCGACGGAAGAGGAGGAAGAUAGAGGAAUGGGCGUGGGGAAGAAUACCACCUCUAUGUCGAUGGAGGGAGGAGAAGGGGCAAAGUAUGAGGAGGAGAACAAACACAGCGCAGACUUCUACCCUAUUCCGGUGGUGGUGAACGGAGUGGAACAGGCCGCUGGAGAGCAGGACACUGAAGACACUGAGCUGAUGGCCAUCUACACUAAAGAGAUCCAGGAAGGAGAGAAGAGUUCCAUGUCAGAGACGUUGGACAGUGCAGACAGUGUGGACGCCAGGAGAAUGGACAUGAUCUACACCAUCGAAGACACACCUCCCUGGUACCUGUGUAUAUUCCUGGGCUUACAGCACUACCUGACGUGUUUCAGUGGUACCAUCGCGGUGCCGUUCCUGCUAGCUGAAGCCAUGUGUGUAGGGUUUGACCAGUGGGCUACCAGUCAGCUCAUAGGAACUAUCUUCUUCUGUGUGGGAAUUACCACCCUGCUGCAGACUACACUGGGCUGCAGGCUUCCUCUGUUCCAGGCAAGUGCAUUUGCCUUCCUGGCUCCCGCCAGAGCAAUCCUGUCACUAGACAAGUGGAAGUGCAACGCUACAGUGGUUCCGCCCAUGUUCAACGAAACCGAGCUGUUCAACACUGAACACAUCUGGCAUCCCCGAAUACGAGAGAUCCAGGGGGCUAUCAUUGUGUCGUCUCUGAUAGAGGUGUGUAUCGGCUUCCUGGGGCUUCCAGGACUCCUGUUGAAAUACAUCGGCCCUCUGACCAUCACCCCAACCGUGGCCCUCAUCGGCCUUUCUGGCUUCCAGGCUGCAGGGGAGAGAGCAGGGAAACACUGGGGCAUCGCCAUGCUGACUAUAUUCCUGGUGUUGUUGUUCUCUCAGUAUGCGAGGAACGUACAGCUUCCUCUGCCCAUCUACAAGGCUAAGAAAGGAUGGACCUCUUAUAGAUUACAGCUCUUCAAGAUGUUCCCCAUCAUCAUGGCCAUCCUGGUGUCAUGGCUGAUCUGUUUCAUCUUCACUGUAACCAACGUUUUCCCGCCGGAGAAAGACAAGUACGGUUACUACGCCCGCACUGACGCACGCCAAGGGAUACUGGCAGCUGCACCUUGGUUCAAGAUCCCCUACCCCUUUCAGUGGGGUGUUCCUACGGUAACAGCAGCAGGGGUGAUAGGUAUGUUCAGUGCCGUGGUCGCUAGCAUCAUCGAGUCUAUCGGGGACUACUAUGCCUGUGCCCGACUCUCCUGUGCCCCCCCACCCCCUGUUCACGCCAUCAACAGGGGUAUAUUUAUGGAAGGUCUGUCCUGCGUGUUGGAUGGGCUGAUGGGGACAGGAAACGGCUCUACUUCCUCCAGUCCUAAUAUAGGCGUGCUGGGCAUCACUAAGGUAGGCAGUCGGCGUGUGAUCCAGUACGGUGCUGCUAUGAUGCUGCUGCUAGGGCUGGUGGGUAAAUUCAGUGCGUUGUUUGCCUCCCUGCCUGACCCUGUCCUGGGGGCGCUGUUCUGUACCCUGUUUGGAAUGAUCACAGCUGUGGGACUGUCCAACCUGCAGUUUGUAGACCUCAACUCCUCCAGGAACCUCUUUGUUUUGGGCUUCUCAAUCUUCUUUGGCCUGGUGCUGCCCAGCUAUCUCAAACAGAACCCUCUGGUCACUGGUAUAGUGUCGCUAGACCAGGUGUUGAACGUGCUCCUGACCACAGCCAUGUUCGUAGGGGGGUCAGUGGCAUUUGUGCUGGACAACACUAUCCCUGGUACCAGGGAGGAGCGAGGGAUCGGGAAGUUGAAGCGAGGGUCGGGACCCAGUGCUGCGGAGCUGGAGGGGAUGAGAACCUACGACCUCCCGUUUGGCAUGGACUUCCUGCGCCGUCACACCGUCUUCCAAUACUUCCCCAUCAGCCCUACCUUCAGCGGCUACCAGUGGAGCGCGAUCCACAAGGCCUGCAGACGUAGGGGUGGACGGGGGGAGGCAGGGAAGGGAGCAGAGAUGGAGAGAGUCACAGAACCAGGGGAGAGCGGGGUAUAGCAGACGGGUAGGAACGGGGUGGAGGGGAGUGGGAAGGGAUGAAGCUUGGAACCAUGGAAGGGAGGGGUGGAGGUUUUUGGGUUGUGUCAGUGCAGUGUGACAUGCUCAACCCUGUCUUGUAUGUCUGUGUGUCUGUAGAACUCCCUGUUUAUGCCCUAUCCAUGCUGUUAUUAGCAUGUUAUAACAGGUGACAGCGUGUUAUAAUGUCCUUAUAGAGGAGGGUUCAGGUGGAGUUGCAACACUCUCUCUGGCUCUCGUCUCUACCUAGUAUGUGUGCAUAAGAGCAGUGUAUUAGACAGCCCCUUUAUUGAGGUCCCUGUCUUCCCAAUACACUAUUUCUACUCGGUCACUUACAGGUCAACCUGUCUACAUUCAUUCCAAGAAAUAAAAGGUUUCUUCUCAGCCGUUGAACCAAAAUACUCUUAAUAUAUUACACUCCCAGGGGCUCCGUGUGCGUUUGUGUGUGUGUAUGCCAACCUAUGACAUUGUGAUGGGGUUGUGUGUGUCACUUGCACUAGCACAUUCCCUGUUUAAGGACAGAGAUGGACAGUAUCUCAUUUACAACAAAUGUUUUUAAGCUGAAUCAUUGACACCUUACAGACCCAAUGAGAAUCAGACGAAGCUAGUCAGUCAGCCCUGUUUAGCAAACCUACACUGCCCACGGUGGUUAUGGGGAAUGUAGUCCUGUUGAAAGGGAACUGGAUGAAAGUUGGAGAGGCUUGAUGCAAAUUCACAUUAAACUAAUAAUUUGCCUGCACACUACAUUUACACACGCACACUAGCAAGCACAAGCUUAAUUGCAUGCAGAUAGUGUAGAUGCAAGUGGCUUGUCAAAUGGCAGACCUUAGCCAUGCAAAGUGAUUGAUCUUCAUUUCGCACUAUUAGUGCACUAUUAGUGCAAAGAGUUAAUGCACAGAAUGUUAGCUGAAACCUGCUUCUCUAAUUGGCUUCUACCCACAUAACACGGCCACACUUCAAACACAACAGAUCAGACAAUGUCAUCCACUGGACGAAGGGCUCUCAGUCCCGUAGCCCUAGACACUUCUCCUAGUGCCCUAGUCCUAGACACUUUUCCUAGUGCCCUAGUCCUAGACACUUUUCCUAGUGCCCUAGUCCUAGACACUUCUCCUAGUGCCCUAGUCCUAGACACUUCUCCUAGUGCCCUAGUCCUAGACACUUCUCCUAGUGCCCUAGUCCUAGACACUUCUCCUAGUGCCCUAGUCCUAGACACUUCUCCUAGUGCCCUAGUCCUAGACACUUCUCCUAGUGCCCUAGUCCUAGACAUUUCUAAAUUACCUCUCAUAGAUCUGAAGGAGAAUGGAUGUCAGUAUCCUGGUAAAAGCUCAUUCUAGCCCUCUAAAGGGAUAGUUGAAGCUAGUACCACUGAUUACACGGGUCUGUUUCUUUCAAUCCAGCAGGUGCCAUGAAGAAGUGUCUAGGCCAGGGGUAAGAGCUAGGGCUGUGGAUGAGGUCUUGAUUUAAGACUGGGACUGUUGAUGUUCACCCAGUCAGCUUGCAAGCCUUACUGUGUCAGUAUUAUCUUUAGCAUCGUUAACAAAUGCCACCAAAACCAGCUCUCUCCUGAACGCAUACACCCUCAACCAGCUGCUGUUAUUACAACUGGAAUUAAUACAGCAUUUGAAGGUUGACUUAUAAACUGCUUAUAAGCCAUUAUUGCAUAAUAUAACUAGUAUUAACUGCUUACAAGUCAAUGUAAGUAAGUUUUAUUGAAAUGUAACAUUUAUUAACAUGUAUUACCUGUCAGGACCUAUAAUCAUAAAUCAUGAAAGACUAUACAAUGUAAUAGUUAAACUAACAAUGUUCAUGAGCAGUUCAUAAGGACACUUUCAAAAACUUUUUCACAUUUGUACUUUGUUUAGAGAGGCUACACCGAUUUAGCGCGAAGCAGAAUGCACUUGGUUAGCUAGUUGUGCGACGAAGCAGAAUGCACUUGGUUAGCUAGUUGUACGAUCACAGCGUAGUUUUUGAAAUGCAGACCUUUUUCUAUUUCACUGAUGUUCUUCAUUUUGUUAUUGUGUUCGAUUCAUACUUAGUCUAGUGUUCUGUAGUGUUUGUGAGCACAUUCAUGGUCGUAUAGGUGGUGUGACCACUGCCCAGGCCACAGUCUAAGUGAAGAUCAUGCUAUGAUAACGGCAUACAUGCAGAGUCACACCAGUGCAUGGUUUACAAAGGAAGGAAAUGGAGAGACGCUCCACAGAUUUAGCUAGGGAAAUUACCAGAAAGAUGCUUUGGAAUCUUUUGUACCCAGAUGCCUGACAAAGUGAGAAAUGGUGAGAGAAAAGAGGUGAUUUUUAUGGUACCAAUCCUCUCCCUGAUCGCUAUAGGCUCCCCUUCCCUCUGCUCUGUCCUACUCUGAUACAGGUGUCAGAGGUCUACACUACUGUUCUGUUCAAGUGAACACAUUGUUUGAUUUACAGACACCAUAGCAUAGUCUUCAAGUUUAAUAGUUGUGGGGUAGAGAGUGUAUUUGAUGAUGUUGAUAGGGGUGUCCUGGGGGUAUUUGUUCACAAUGGCUCACAGACUACAAUCUUGUCCUGCACCUAUUGAGUCUGUCUAUUGUUCUACUAUUAUUAUGAUUGUUACUGGUGUCAUUAUUCGUGUUGUUGGCCUUGUUCACGUGUUUGGUUCAAUGUGCCGACCCCACCCCCCCUCCUCACUUGCCUCACCCUCCCUUCUUCCAUCCUCACAUCAACUGUAGGAACCUGCACCUCAACUUCAAAUACAACUGUAUUUAUAGUUCCUGUAACAUACAGUACAGGUCACACCUCACAAGUUGAAUGUCCUCUAAUGACUGACUACACAUUCAGUGGACCAGUAAAUAUCACUCAAGACUAUUGCCAGGUAGUGCUCCCUGACUGUGUGUGUUCACAUGUUUCAGAGCUGGGGUCAAGUUCAAGUCAAGAACUCAGAAACUGGGGGUGCGUCAGAAAUGGCACCCUAUUCCCUAUAUAGUGCACUGUACUACAUAGAGAAUAGAGUGCCAUUUGCGACAAAAUGAGUGUGAUUGACAUGGAGAUGACCCUCUGGAACCUCUGCUAUGUGUGUCUGGCCUGGAGUGCUGUGUUUUACUGUCUGAGCCAUCAUCUAUAGAAAAGCCAUGGUUGAUUGUUGGGGUAGGGUUGAAUUGGGACUCCUCCUGGCCAGUAUUGUUCUCUAUUAUAAGCCUACAAAACAUAGUUAACUUAAAAAGAUGCACAGAUAUGCAUAAUGAUUGUGAUCUUUGCAGAACCAAAAUGCAAAAGAAGCACCUGUCCUUUCUUCAUUAUUUUUCAUCAACUAUUUCUCUUACUCUUCUCUUUGCUGCACCAAAACAAUGAGUGGCGAUAGUCACCGGUUCAGACAUGUAGAAAUGUAAACCAUUUUAAGUAACAUUUCAGAUUGACUUGGAUUUCUCAUGUUGUUUUAUUUAUUUAUUUAUGAUUAGUAAGAGUCGGUGUUUAGUGGGAUGUAUGUGAAGCCAAUUUGUGUGCCGUAUGCACAUUGUCAGAAAGACAUUAGUUUUGAGUUUACUUGUUAGUUUACUGGCACUAUUAGAAUGUUAUUCAGAUUUUACACUGAGAUACUGAUAUUGUUAGUCCCCACAGGCAGCAGGUUGAAGUUACCUCUGGAUACUGAUCACAGAUCAGUUUUGUGUUUUCUCCCUUAAUGAGUGUGGUUAGAAUUUGUUGUGACUGGUCCUAUAUCUGUGCCUAAGGACAACUUAUACAACAAGCUCUAUGAAGGGAGAGGCUCCAGCGUGUACUCUUUAGAACCUGAACAGAGAAAAGCAACAUUCUUACUAAGAUCAUAUAAUCACACAUGGUUCUCUUACAAUAAGUCAUUCCAUGCAUGUUGUAUUUUUAUGAAAACUCUUUUGAACUGGACAUGGCUCAGUUAGGGACCCAGGGUGAGAGGGAAGAGGUUGAAGAGAGAGCAGUCUAGAACAGGGGUUCUCAAACUUUUUAGGUCUUGGGACCCCUUUUGUGAUGCCAAAUUUCAGGGACCCCCCUCAUAAUCAGAACCCCACUCGAGUGAGCUGAACAUUUGCAUACAAAGAAGAACCAACUCUUGAACCCUGGAAAGGAACAUUUUAAAGGCCCAUCUCUUGGCAUCAGAGAGAUAAUGUUGCAGUUUUUCAAGCUAAUUUCCUGAUAUUCUACACAUUUUGUCAUGGGGAAGAGAUUUUUUUGUUGCAGAUUUAAAGCUAAUAUCCUGCAGUUCUAUACAUGUUGCCAUGAAGCAUGUUUUUUGCUGCAGUUUUAAAGCUUAAAUUACAGUGCAUUUUUAUAUAUAUAUAAAAAAAAAAAUAUCAUUUUUUGGAAUAAAAGGAAGUAAUUGAUUUGAACAAAUUUACUGUGGAUACCAAUAUCCCUGUGAGCCUUCAGAACCCAUGUUGCCAAGAGUUAAUAACAUAUAAUAAAAUGUAACAAUAUAAUUUAUUGUAUUACACCCUCAACUUAUUCCAUUGAUCACUUGGCCAAAAUCUGUUUAAUCUGUUAGUAAUAUUCAUUAAAAAAGAAAUAAUUUAAAUAUUUAGUUUGAUAUGUUUUGAAAUCUGUCCACGGACCCCUUGCAGUACCGCCGCACCCCACUUUGAGAACCCCUGGUCUAGAAGAUCUGUUCUAAUAGCAGGGUUCUGAGAACACCUUGAACAUUUUGCUGUAAACAGACUAACUAUAUUCAUUGUGUGGUUUUGUACUGCAGCAUGCUUGAUUCUGCUUAGAUGGUGUUGUGACACAGUUUACCCAGUGAGAAAGUGUUCCCUUGUUGCUUCACAGGCCAUACUGCCUUUCUCUGCUCCGUAGAGGUAGGAAUAGGGGAUACGAUAGAUGGAAUAGACAACCUUCAACUUGCUGUCUUUUGAAAGGGGGAAGGAGAUGGGGAGUGGGACAGGAGGGGUGUAUUCUGCCACUUGUGGUGAAAUAACUUUGUACACACAUGCAUAUUCUAUAAUGCAAUAUCUAUGACGUCACCACACACUAAUGCAACUAGCAGAGAUUCCCCUCCACACCUGCAGUGCAGAUAUGGUGUAAGUGUCCUCCGUUUUAGUGUACCUGUAUUCUCUAUUGAAAUGGCGAUGUUGAAUGCAGGAAUAGACACUGGUUGGCCACUAAGAGUCUGUGGAUCCAGGGCAAGGUUCAGUGAUCUAAGGUCAGUUUUGCAUUCCUCCAGACUAAUGGUUAGUGUUAGGAUUUGGGGCGGGUAAACUGUACCUAGAUUGGUGUCAAAGGGCAUUUUUCACCCAAAGUGCUGAUCGGUACUUAGCUUGUUUUGACUUUGAUAUAUCUUUAGUUUGUAUUGCAUGGACCUCCUUGGUGCCGAUAGAUUCUUCUCACAGCAUGGAUAGUAAAAAAAAACAAUUUUUUUAAAUGAAUUAUACCCCUAAAACUAUGUUAAAUAAUACUACAAUAUAAACCAGGGGUACAUCUGAAAUGGUUGACUAUUUCCCAUGUAGAGCACCACUGACUCUGGAAAGUAGCGCACUAGGGGAGUAGGGUGUCAUUUGAGCUUCAGCCCAUAGCUCACCUCAUUUGAAGCCAAUGCCUCACCUCUGCAUGUGCUUUCUCACUCAAGGUCAGGAGGUGUAUGACACAAAAAUCUAUCCCUUUCAGUUAUUUUGAAGGGGAAGCUACCUGAAGAAUAUGCUUUUUGUCUCGUGUUUUAUCUUUUCCAUUUUCUUGUUUUUUUUAUACAUAAUUUUUGUUUUUACAAAGAUGUUUGUAAGAAAAUAAAUCAUGCCUUUUUUAAUCUUAAAUUGUCAUGCUGCAAUGCGCACCAUUUUUGUUACAUUUUUAUUUAAUAAACAAAAGAAAAUACAUUUUUUUUCUAUUUCAAAUCUGUAGUUUGGUGGAAUACUUUUGCUAGCUGGACAUUUUUUCAUAUUGUAUUUUUCUAACAUUGCUUCCUGUUAUCAAGUUAAUACAGUAUCAGUACAAAUUGAGGGAGCUGACUUUAAACAGAUGUAUAAAUAUAUAUUGAAUUGAGUACAAUGUGCUAAGAAACUUCUGGACCAGGCAUUGUGUAUACUAACAGUAGCAACAAAAUGUUAUUCUUUGUUCCUAAAGCUAUUUAAUAAGAUGUUACAGAAUCAA